UAUGUUAGUUCACUACAAUCAGACUCGGCUCUGCCUACCUCUUCGAGAUUUGAGUUCGUUCUGACAUUUGCAUUCUCAAACUCCUCCGCUACUCGUCCUCCCCAGUCCCAUCCUCGCCAUGUCUAGCCGUCCUCUGGUAAUAUUUACUCAGCCUUUCUCUUCAUCUCUUUGAUACGAUUUGGAUCGUCCGUCCAAGGACGCCAAAAGGAAUAUGAUGUUCAAACUUUAGUAUUUAUCCAAUAUCUCAAAUCAUCAUCAUCAUCAAUGAAUACAAUGAAACGUCACUGGUCUACACGGGCUUAGUUUAGGCCCCAUGCUAAUUUAAGGCCCAGAAAAUAUACAAAGCUAGGUUAUACCAAAAUCCAAAAAAAAAAUUCAAUUAUAAAUACCCUUUCCUCUGAACCCAAGAUCCCUCCUCUAACUGCACAAUAUAGCCGCCUCUCGAAAACCUAGCCAAUUCGAUCUUCUCAACUUGUCUCCAAUGGAGAGAUCCACGAUCAAAGGGAUGAGUCUGCUGACGUUAAACGAAAGUGAUAUUAAGAAAACCAGACCGAGAAAACGCGACAUUGGGAGGAUUCGCGUAAGAGGAUAUAGCUCUAACCUUCCCCAUGAUGAUGUAGUAAACGCAUUGAGAAAACAUUUCUCUUCAUGUGGAGAGAUCACAGAUGUUUAUGUCCGCGAAAAGAAUAAUGUUCUAAACACUUGGAGUUUUAUUUAUUUUCUGGGAGAUGGCGCAGUGGAAAAGGCCUUGCAACUUAGUGGAAUUGACGUGGGAGGAUGGACCGUCAUUGUUGAGCCUGAUCCGUUUCCGGAAGAUGCAGGCUGGGACCCUGUUGUAAUUGUUAAAGGAUAUGACAUUCUUCUCGACAAUGCUGAUAUCGAGAAAAUGUUGUUUGAACAUUUCUCUUCAUGUGGAGAGGUCACUGAAAUCCGUGUUUACGAGAGGAGCAUAGGCGCAGCAGUUGUAGACGUUUAUGGAGAAGGUGCAGAAGAAAAUGUGCUGGAUCUUGAUGGGAGCAACAUGGUUGGACGCAAAAUUAGUGUUAAGCUUUAUACUGAGCCAACUGUUUACAGUGUCCACCCUCGUCCUCGACAUAACCGUACUUAUUAUCCUGGUACAUUGUUUUGAUUCUUGAUUCCUUCUUCCUCAUAACUAACAAAGUAGAACCAUGGUUGUUUAUUUUAGUUAACAAGGCUAACAACUCUUUUUUUUUGAUCAAACAAGGCUAACAACUCUAGGAUGCCACUUCUCAAGAGUAGAAAAUCUCUCUUCUACUGCGAGAAGACAAAGACAAGCUCCAUGUUGUUUGUAUCUUUGUGAAAUAAAUGCAACAUUUUACUUUAUUACUUUUAUAUGCCUUUUUUUCUAUCUGGAUUUUAAAAUAAACUCUGAUGCUUUCAUUGUAACUCUUUUAAAGUAGUGUGUUUUAUACUUCGAGCUUUAAACUAUUGGUAGUUGUUGCUGUAUCAAUAUCACUUUUCGAAGAUGUUGCAUGUUCUUAUUUGCACAAUCAAAUAUGAAACUUCAAAGUUUGUCGAUCUCGUAAUUG